AUGUCGGCUGCCGAUGAUAGUGAUGCUCUUCUUGAGAAUCUUAUUGCCAAGGAAAUCCUUCCCCAAUCUGGAAAUUGGGAAGGAACUGAAGAAUUUUUGAAUCGAAUCGUCCAGGUUCUUCUGAAAUAUAUCAAGGAUCAGAAUGAUCGAGAUCAGAAGAUUCUUGAGUUCCAUCAUCCGGAUAAAAUGCAAAUGUUGAUUGAUUUGUCGAUUCCCGAGAAGCCGGAGAACUUGUUGAAACUUGUAAAGAGCUGUGAAGAUGUGCUCCGUUUGGGUGUACGCACUGGACAUCCACGCUUCUUCAACCAGAUUUCGUGUGGAUUGGAUUUGGUUUCGAUGGCUGGCGAAUGGUUGACUGCCACGGCGAAUACUAACAUGUUUACCUACGAAAUCGCUCCAGUCUUCAUCCUCAUGGAGAAGUCUGUGAUGACUCGUAUGUGGGAGGCCGUUGGAUGGGACCCGGAGAAGGCUGAUGGAAUCUUUGCUCCAGGAGGAGCCAUUGCUAAUCUCUAUGCAAUGAAUGCGGCACGUCAUCAACUGUGGCCACGUAGCAAGCAUUUGGGAAUGAAGGAUAUUCCCACUUUGUGCUGCUUUACUAGUGAGGAUAGUCACUACUCGAUCAAGAGUGCCUCUGCCGUGUUGGGAAUCGGAGCAGAUUACUGCUUCAACAUUCCAACUGACAAGAACGGAAAGAUGAUUCCAGAAGCUCUUGAAGCCAAGAUUAUCGAGUGCAAGAAGGAAGGAUUGACACCAUUCUUCGCCUGCUGCACAGCUGGAUCCACCGUCUACGGAGCAUUUGAUCCAUUGGAGAGAGUGGCCAACAUCUGUGAGAGACAUAAGCUCUGGUUCCACGUCGACGCCGCUUGGGGUGGUGGAAUGCUCUUGUCUCCAGAGCAUCGCUACAAGUUGGCCGGAAUCGAGAGAGCCAACUCGGUCACCUGGAAUCCUCAUAAACUGAUGGGAGCUCUUCUCCAAUGCUCUGCUUGUCUUUUCAGACAAGAUGGAUUGUUGUUCCAGUGUAAUCAGAUGUCGGCGGACUACCUCUUCCAGCAAGACAAACCGUAUGACGUCAGUUUUGAUACUGGAGACAAGGCGAUCCAAUGUGGACGACACAAUGAUGUGUUCAAGCUGUGGUUGAUGUGGAAAUCCAAGGGAAUGGAGGGAUAUCGUCAGCAGAUUAACAAAUUGAUGGAUUUGUCCAACUACUUCACUCGUAGAAUCAAGGAGACCGAGGGAUUCGAAUUGAUUAUUGAAAAUCCUGAAUUCCUGAACAUCUGUUUCUGGUAUGUGCCCGCCAAGAUCCGCAACCUUGAACCAGCCGAAAUGCGUGCUCGUCUUGAGAAGAUCGCCCCCAAGAUCAAGGCAGGAAUGAUGCAAAGAGGAACUACAAUGGUCGGAUACCAACCGGACAAACAACGUCCAAACUUCUUCAGAAUGAUCAUUUCUAACCAGGCCAUCACCCGCGAAGACUUGGACUUCCUCAUCAAGGAGAUCGUCGACAUCGGAGAAUCUCUUGAAUAA